AUGAAUCCAAAGAGAUGCGAGGAGAUGAUGAGAUUUCGAGGGGAGGCAGCCAAGUUGCGGUGGCCGUCACUCUUUGCUGACGUGUCUGCUGACGUGGAGGGGACGAUUCUGAAGCAGAUGAGAGAGGUGCGGCCUGUGGUGGAGACGGGGUAUGAGAACAUUCUGCUGGUGCGUCUGCUGCUGGAGAUGGCAUGUGAAGACAAGCGCCAGUCCCAGCUGUCCAAGUCAGGCAAACUCAACCUACAGGCGAUCCUGAGCGGGUGGGAGGGGGAGAUCAAGCCAGCAGUGAUGGCGGAGUGGGGCGAGGAGGGGCGGAGGGAGGAGCUAGUGGAGCUGUUUGGGGCGGUGAGGGACGAGUGGAUGCGCCACGACCUGCCUGGGUGGAUUGCCGCCAAUGCCAUGUAUGCCGGCGUGCCUGAGGCACUUCAGAAGGCAGAGUCUCCGUUGUAUAUAGUCACCACAAAGCAGACCCGAUUUGCCCUUGCGCUGCUGCGCGAAUUAGCGGGCGUUAAUUUCCCAGAAGACAAGGUCUUCGGGCUUGGUACCGGGCCCAAAGUGCAGACACUGCAACACCUGCAGUCGCUCCCUCAACAUGAAGGCUGCUCCUUUCACUUUGUGGAGGAUCGACUAGCCACGCUGCGCAAUGUCAUCAGCACACCACAAUUGGAUGGCUGGCAUCUGUACCUAGGCACAUGGGGCUACAACACAGAGCAGGAGAGGCAAGAUGCAGCACAGAUUCCCAGAAUCCAGAUAGUUGACCUGCCUGACUUCUGCGGCAGCCUGGAAUGA